GGACCACUAAGAUCUAUAUAAAAGCAUCCAAAGGGCACCAUGUCAUGGGACCUUUAACAUUGCGGUAGCACGACUCUUUAGUUUCACUUUUUAUGAUUGAGGAAAUGUUCAACUCUGCAGAACUGCAUGUGGAGACUGUUUGGCCAGAGAUUAUCAUGAAGGUGAAAGCACUUCUGCUCCCUCUGUUUUGCCUCCUUACAUUAUUAACAGGUGUGUGUCCCUGGAGACCCAGAGAGAUAUAUGUCAAGGAAGGUGAGAUGGUGGCGCUGUACUGCCCCCGGUACGGAGGGUAUGAUCAUGGUGAUGCCAAACUGAUCUGGACCAGUUACACCACCCAGGACAUGGAUCUGACCAACGUGUCAUCAGCUGAGCAGAGGCAGAUGGGCAUACUGGUUCAUGGGAGGAGCCUUAUGAUUCUUACUGCCUCUGUAAACUAUCAGGGGAAUUACUCAUGCACUCAGGGGAAUGCCAGCACCUGGUUCAGGCUGACAGUUCUCACAACACAGUCCAGAGAGUAUGAAAAUAUGACCCAGUACCUUACAACAUGUUACACAGAAGAAACCUGCACAUUGCGUUGCCCUGAUGUAAACAUACCUGCUCAAAACAUCCCGAAUAUUACCAGCAACGGCAUUAUAUGGCACAAGGAGUCAUUGCAAACAAAAAGUUACUUCUCACGUGUGGAAGAGAAGGAUCAUGGGAACUACACCUGUACCAGAUCUUACAUGUGUUAUGGUCAAAUAUAUAAGAUGACCUUUACAGUGGUGCUUGAUGUCCAACCAAAGGGUAACAAAUCAGCACUGUUUUCAAUAUGUUUAUCUUUAUAUGCUAGAAUAGAGAUGAAAGUGUUUUCUCCUUUUUUUUGCACAGAAAAUCAUGUGAAAGAUGCCGCAAUCACAGAACCACAGAAUAAUCAUGUAUUUCUUGUAGAUUUGGGCUCACCAAAGGUGAUUGAUUGUAAAGCUGUUAUUUAUUCAGACUUUGAUCAGGUAUUCUGGUUAAGCGUGGAAGCGGACAACAGCUUACCAGUUUUCUACAAUUUGACAAGGGAAAAUAAUGAUGGAAUAUUAAAGAUGACAGCAUCUCUCGUCUUUAAAAAAGUGUCAGAGGAAGAUCUAUUGAAAAAUUACACCUGUAAACUGCAAUCUGUAUCUGCACACUCAAGUUUUGUCACCAUCAACUUGGCCCAAAAACCUCGCCCUUCUUACCUUUCCCUGGCUCUUAGCGUUGUCGGUAUUGUGGUGGUGAUGGUUUUGACAGUAGUUAUCUAUGUGAGGUUCAAAAUUAACAUCACUCUUUUCCUAAGAGACACUAUUGGCUGCCAUAGCAGCACCUCAGAUGGAAAGAGCUAUGAUGCCUUUUUGGUCUGUUACAAGAGCAACACAGACGCAGGACUACAUGAAGAUGACAGAAAAGAGCUGGAGAAUGUUUUGGAAGAGAGGUUUGGUUACAGUCUCUGUCUUUAUGAUCGUGACGUCUUACCGGGGAAAGCGGUAGCAGAGGCAGUGUUGGACUGUAUAGAGCAGAGUCGCACGGUGGUUUUGGUUCCCACCUCUCCGGAUCCAGGUCCAGGAUCUGGCCUGCUGAGUGCCAUCCAUGAAGCCCUUGUGGAGCGACAGACUCGCUUGGUUUUCAUCAAAACUGAGACAACAGAUGUGUUGAGAUCAGGUUCGUUACCAGAGGCCUUACAGCUUCUUGGCGAGGCUGGAGACUGUGUCACCUGGAAGGGCGUAAGCUCCAUGCCGCCCUCCUCCUCCUUCUGGAAGCAGCUACGUUAUUACCUACCUUCCCCGCAGCGUGCUCCAAAAGUAAGGCUUUUACCUCAGACAAUCCAGGAUGUUAUGUCAUUGUGAAAUGUUUAGCCAAGUCAACCAAAUUUUUUUCAGUGCACAUAGAAAAUAGAGAGCUAGGUGACCAUAAGGAGAUAUUCCCUGUAUUGGAUUAACAUCACUUACUAUACCUUUUAAUAUUGAUUAAUUGAUUGAUUGAUUGAUUGAUA